AUGGCUACCAAGUCCGAGGUCUUCUAUGACAGCAAGUGUGUUACCCACCCACCACCCCCUUACUACCAGAACAUUUAUACGCCUGCAUCAUCAUCAACGGCCCGGGACUCCAUACGCAUUGAAUACGCUGGAAAACUAAUAUCACCACUAUUUUCGUUCCUCAGAAACAAGCAGAAACGGAAAACUGUUCUAUCUCACAUCCGUGACAUCAUUUCUGAUUCCAAUUUUGCCUCUUCUUCCAUCGUCCCAACCGUUAAUGCAUGCGCUGCUGCUAUCUCACCAACAGAAUUCUCCAACCUUUUGCAAAAACCCAAUAUUGAAGGUCACACGGCGAUGUAUUGGGCGAUUGUGAAUCACCAGCCAGAAGCAUUUUCGGCAUUUGCUGCAUUCAUACCAAAAUUUUCGUCUGUUUGCUCUUCUGACUUGCGUCUCGCUUGUAUGUUUACUAGCAACCAUGCAUUGUUUACCCAGUUGAAUCUGGGACGUGUAAUCAAUCGCAAAGAUAACGCUUUGAGAAAUUUUUUGGGUUGCCCACCCGAUGAGGUUCAGGUCCAUGAUGCAGGGGAUGGACUGCACAAGAUCAAAUUUAACAUUUGUUUCUGUAUCAGAAUGUUCCAGAAACGUCUGCUCAUGAGACAACAAUUGGGCAUAGAAUUUGUUGCCGCUGGACGUAUUUGGCUAUUCCAAAUAUUCUCAAUGGCGCUCGACGGGCUGUGGCGCAUUUUUUUAAGUCUUUCUAAGGAAAGCUUGCCGGCAUGUCCAGAAGCUGUCCUAGUCAUUGAGGCUCACUCGGGGAAACAUGACUGCGCAACUCCACCUCAAGAUCUGCGAUUGCUACCGGUUACUAACAGCCAGUCUAUGUUCCUUCAAGUUGCAUCUCAGGAGUCGGUCGCUCUAUCAGAUGCCACCCUCUUCACAUGGAGAUUGAAAGAUUGGUUCUUGAACGAGAAUACUAUGUACGUAGAUCGCAAUGGCGCUCUGCAUGCAAAGCUGGAGGUGACGUUAAUAUAGUAGUAGCAUUUAUGUUUUCAUUGAUCUUAACACGUGUCAUUUAUAU